UGUACUUUUCCACUUCAUUCCAUGGCGAAUCUAAUCUGCGUUAUAUAUGUAUACAAUUUAUAUUUCGCGCGUAAAUUGAUUUGUAUUGCAACGUUUUUGAUAAUCGAUUGCUUAUUGAUAUAAAGUUUAAUAUUCUAUAAAGAUAUAUCGGAUUCAUUAAUUCAAUGUGGUCGACAAAUUUGGACAGUAGUAUAAAUCCUCAGGGUGGAUUUUCGGAUAAUUUGAAAGAUGAAAAUCAAAGAAAAGACAGCAAAAAACAAACUAUUGUUCCUGCUAUGAUAGGAAAUUUACUCUCUUUUGAUUCCAUUGAUGAGCCAAAAAUAUGGAAUCUGUCAGCACGUAUGUUUAUGAUCGUCGGAUUAGUGCGUAGUGUUGAAGAGACAGCAACAAAAAUAUCAUAUAAUGUUGAAGAUGAAACAGGUACUAUCACUGCACUCAAAUGGUUAGAAGUGAACAAGAAAGAACUUACAAUACAAACGAACACAUAUGUUCGCAUAGUUGGUUUGCUUAGAGAACAAAAUGAUAAGCGACAUAUUUUAAUCUUACGAAUGUCGCCACUACAAACCUUGAAUGAAUUAACAAAUCAUAUUCUUGAAGUUACUUAUGUUACAUUGAAAGCUAAACUAAUGGCACAAAAAUGUGGAAUAGUUGAUGAAGGGAGAAAUGCUGAAGAUUUUUCAUCAAAUGAAUCUGCUACUGGAAUGUCAACAGGACAACAUUUAGUUUAUAAACUUAUUCAGACACAAAACGAUACUGAAUCUGGUAUUGAAAGAACAGAAAUUAAAGAAAAAGUACCAGAAACCCUUUUACAACAUGUAGAUGAUAUCUUAGAAUUUUUAGUUUCCGAAGGUCAUAUAUACACAACAAGUUCAGAUGAUCAUUUUAAAACAAUCUGAAUAAUUAAUAUAAGUUGUAAUCUUAUAUUUUUUAUAAAUCUCUUGAUCUUUUUGUUUGAUCCUUAUAUUAAAAAGUUUUUUUUAUAAAAAUCCCUCUAUAUACAUAUAUUUCAAUAAGCAGUAUAACUAU